UUGGGCUCAAGUUGCCAAACUUCAAUAAUGCAGAUCAGUCGCUCUUUUUGAAAUCCAGCUUCCGGGUGCCAACGCGCAGUGAUGGCGCUGGUGCUCUUACUCUUACCCGUUGUGAAUGCCUUGCGCGAGCGUCAUGGUUUCGCGGAGGCCGACGACGCCAGCUUUUGUUUGAGAAAAUGCUGCAGGCCAAAGUGCAAUGACCGGGACUUCGGUGCGAAGCAAUUUCGAUUCCAGAAUUGCACGGUGAAGGUGAAUGAGCCGAUUUAUCGAGGGGACAAACGGUUCUGUGAGGAGACAUGCACGAUCUCAUUCAAUACCUCGUUCUACAACGAAGUCACCGAAGUCAAAGCCUGGAGAGAAAGUGGAAUGGAUGACUACCAGUGCUAUCUCCUGGAGAAACCCUGCCAUGUCACGCCAACCUGCUCCGGUCAGACCUAUGAACUCAGGGCAUGGAAAGGCGUAUGGCAAUUCCAAAAUUGCUCUAGUAGAGGAGGAGACACUGAAAGUGCAAAGACGUGUGCAGAGACGUGCACCGUCCUCCACACCAACGAGCCCAAGAAAGUCCUGGUGAAACGAGACCUGCUAAGUGGACUCUGCAGGAUUCAGGACCCUGGAUUGAAAGAAUAUGCCGUGGACUUCGUGGAGCAACUCGAAAAAACGGCCCUGACGCUGCCGACGGGCAGAUAUCGGGAACUGCCACUUGUAAAGCAGCCGUCAACCAUCAAACGGUUCCUGAGCCAUUUGGAGGAAGAGGUGAUUGUACCAGAGAAGCUGGCCGCUGAAGGGCGAGGGUUUAGCCGAGAGAUCACUGCGAGACAUCUGGCGAUCAUCGGGGAUCUUCACGGGCAGCUCUUCAACCUCAUUGCGUGGUUGAUAUACAUCAAGGAGCAGUACCAGGACAAGGGCUUCAGCGAGCUUGAGGGCUCAUCCUUGCUCAUCUGUGAUCCGCAACUGAAGUAUGUCUUCCUAGGCGAUUACGUGGAUCGCGGUGAAAGAGGACUUGAAGUGCUUUUACUUCUGCUGGCCUACAAGGCACGCUGCCCUGAAGGCUUGGUUCUUUUGCAAGGCAACCAUGAAUCGCCUGAAGUUUGGGACAACUAUGGCUUCAAGGCGGAACUCUGGUACAAGGUGAAGAUGGUGCCAUACACCUUCAGAGACGUGGUGCGGCAUUUGCCCUACGUCGCCGUGGUGCCCGGGAAGUACAUGUUUGUGCACGGUGGCCUCAGCCCACAGUUUGUGAAGAAGUGCUCGGGGAAAGCAGGCCGCUUCGGAGCAUGUCUUGACGAAGCCACUGCUAUCUCAGUGACCUGGGCUGAUCCUCACGAAGGGAGGGGCUGGGUUCAAUCUCCCAGAGGCAGAGGAGUAUACAAGUUCGGAGUGGAUAUCGCCAAAGCCUUCUUAGACUCCAACAAUCUCCACGCAAUUUGGCGUGGACAUGAGCAAAUGGAAGAAGGCUCGUCGAACAUCACGUUUGAUGACCAUUAUGUCUUCACAAUCUUUUCUUCUGCAGAUUACGUGGGCGUCUUUUGCCUCCAAGGGCGUCGACCACUUGCAGCGCCUCCGUGGGACCGACGGAUGUUUGCAGGCCCUGGCCAGAAUAAUGCCGGUGGCUGUAUGUUGGUGGACUCGCAGCAGAAUUUGUCGUCCAGUACGCUGCUGCAGCUGUCUGGCGAUCAGGCAAGGCAGCUAGCUGCACAGUUCACGGGGGCCAAGUGCGCUGGGAGAAGCCUGCUGGAAGAAGGAUCACAAGUCCUUGAGAGCCCUGACCUUGAGAGCCCUGACCUUGAGAGCCCUGACCUUGAGAGCCCUGACCUUGAGUCUUCCAUUCAGGAGAAUCACGAGCGCCUGGUGAGCAGUGGACACAACACUUCUUGUAGCUUGGGUGAGGCAGAGACAAACUCCUUGAAAGAAGAGGUGCGCAAAAUCUUGAUCACCGCAAAGAAUCGAGAGUUUGAGGCUCGCAAGCUGAUUGAUUUGCAGGGGGAGGCGUUGAUCCACAGUGACCAGGAAGCUGUUCAGAUUUGCAAGGCCAUGAAGAGAGACCGCGUCACCCUGGAAGUUUACAAAGAGUUGCGGGGUGCUGACCAAGAGGUCUUGGACAUCGACAUCAACACCAGGGAGCAUGAACUCGAGGCCCAUAGUGAUGGGUAGCCGCGUAGGAGGCCGACCGAGCAUGCAGCCUUGGGCA